AGAGGAUGGAAUUCACGUACUUCAUGAACUGAAGACCAAAAACAAAAAUCAUGAAUCAUCAUUCCUCAACAACACAUUUAGGUUCAUUACAAAGAAAACACUGCCCCCCUCUGGCAGUAAUUUGUAACUGUUGAAAAAUGUUCAUGCAUUUAUAGGGUUUUGAAAAGCGCGAAAACACACAACUGUAUCGAGUCCAUAUGAUCAUUGCUCUGUUUAAAUGAUUUAACUCCAGUAUUCAACCGAAUUUGUCUUAUUAGAAAGACACACCAACCUUACAACGACACCUCUUAUUUUGAAUGGUGUACCCGGAUGUUUUUAACCUUUUAAUUUAAACUGCUUCCUAUUUCAUAUCUGCAGUUCAAAUCGGAAGUUGCGAUUCUGUUUGAUUACGCCAUAAAUAGUUGAAUACAAGAAUGAGUCUGGCUCGUAGCCUGGUUUUAGUAUUUGCUUAUUGCGGUUUAGGUUUAUGUCAACACCCGAAACCGAACAUCGUGGUAGUGAUGAGCGAUGGGUUUGAUGGGCGGCUCACGUUUGAUCCUGGCAGCAGAGUGGUUCAGCUUCCAUUCAUCAACUACCUGCGAGAGCUGGGUACCAUCUUCACCAAUGCCUACACCAACUCUCCCAUCUGCUGCCCGUCCAGAGCCGCAAUGUGGAGUGGCAAGUUUGUCCAUCUAACUCAGUCCUGGAAUAAUUACAAGUGCCUCGAUUCCAACUCCACGACUUGGAUGGAUUUACUUCAGAGGAGUGGAUAUGUUACCAAAAUGAUUGGGAAGCUGGACUAUGUCUCUGGGAGUCAUUCUGUCAGCAACAGAGUUGAGGCCUGGACUCGUGACGUUCCCCUCCUUCUGAGUCAAGAGGGGCGGCCUGUUACACAGCUAGUGGGGAACAUGUCUACUGUUAGGAUUCAGAUGACGGACUGGAGGAACACGGACAUGGCUGUGCAGUGGAUCCAGCAGAGGUCCUCGCAGCAGCCUUUCGCUCUCUAUCUCGGCCUCAAUCUACCACACCCCUACAGAACAGACUCACUCGGCCCCACAGCAGGAGGAUCCACGUUCCGCACAUCUCCAUAUUGGCUUGCGAAGGUGGCAUCAGACCUUAUAGCUGUGCCCAAGUGGCUCCCCCUGGCUUCAAUGCACCAUGUGGACUACUACUCCACCUUCACCAAAAACUGCAGCGGCGAUUUCACGAAGGAUGAAGUGAAAUCAAUUCGAGCCUUUUACUAUGCCAUGUGCGCAGAGACGGACGCCAUGCUGGGCCACAUCAUUUCGGCGCUGAGACACACAGGUCUGCUCAACAACACAGUAGUCCUCUUCACGGCUGACCAUGGAGAGCUCGCCAUGGAGCACCGUCAGUUCUACAAGAUGUCCAUGUUUGAGGGAAGUUCUCAUGUUCCUCUUCUCAUCAUGGGACCUGGACUGAAGUCUAGCUGGCAGGUCGACCAGCUUGUGUCUUUGGUGGAUGUGUAUCCAACUGUGCUGGAUAUUGCUGGUAUUCCAGCUGGAACUGACCUGAGUGGACAUUCCCUGCUUCCAUUAGCAUCCAAGUAUACAUUCUCCAAGAGGCGACGCCCUGACUGGGUGCUGAGUGAAUAUCACGGCUGUAAUGUUAAUGCCUCCACAUACAUGCUGAGGCGUGGUCGCUGGAAAUACAUCACAUAUGCUGAUGGCCUGAGUGUGGCGCCACAGCUUUUUGACCUGAAAUCAGAUCGAGAGGAGCUUCAUAAUGUGGCGGUUGAAUUCCCAGACGUGCUGGCAGACCUGGAUGCAGUCCUGCUGGGCGUGGUGGACUAUCCCAAAGUCUCUAAAGCGGUUCAUCUUUACAACAAGGAAGGCUUCAGUGACUGGCGCCGGGGUUUAGGAGGGAACUACAGUCAAGUCAUUGCCAACCUCAGAUGGCACGUGGACUGGCAGAAAGAUGCUUCUGGAAAUGAGAGAUUGAUUGACUUGUGGCUCAAUGGCUCCUUGUAGAUUUUCUCAUCAUAACACAAGUAUAUUUUAUAUUCAAUGCAUUGACGUUCUCUUUGUUUUCCAGCAACAGUAUUUAAAAUGUCAUUUCACACAUCGCCGUGUUCUUAAAUGAAAUUGAAAUGUUGUGACAGUCAUAUUUUACAUGUCCUUAAAAUGAAUACAGCAAAGUCUAC